AUGUACUGCCAUUCCUGUUUUCUUUUGCAGUGUGAUCACUACAGAAGGGGCAUAAUAUCGGGCUCAUCUUGCAAGGCAUUGUGUGAUCAGAGAACUCUAACCCUGCAGCGCUGCAUGUCCACUUCCUCUACACAUCAGGUGUACAGUGGACUGUGGAAGGAGAGACCUGUUGUGAUCAAGUGUGGUAUUGAGGAUCCAGUGAAGACCGAUGGGGCUCCGGACUCUGUACUGCGACAGGAGAUGAGCUUAUUUGACAAACCCACUCGUGGAACCUCUAUGGACGAAUUUAAAGAGAUGCUGCACAGUUUCCUCAAGGCUAAACUUGGCGAGCAGCCAUCUCUGGGCAACUUGGUGGACAGGGUCAUUACUCUGGCUGAUGUCAACCAGGACGGCAAAGUGUCUCUAGCAGAGGCCAAAUCUAUCUGGGCUCUUCUCCAGAUAAAUGAGUUCCUCCUGAUGGUGGCGCUACAGGAGAAGGAGCACACCCCCAAGCUGCUGGGCUUCUGUGGAGACUUGUAUGUGACGGAACGUGUUGGCCACAGCUCCCUCUACAGGCUAGAGGUGCCUCAUUACCUGCGGGCUCUGGUCCCAGAGGCCUUGAGCACCAGCCUGAACCACUGGCUUGCACCAGCCUGGCCCCGCAGAGCUCGCAUCACCAUUGGCCUGCUGGAGUUUGUGGAAGAGGUCUUUCACGGGUCCUAUGGGAGUUUCCUUAUAUGUGAUGCCAGUCCUCACCAUGUGGGCUACAAUUCAAAGUAUGACUGCAAGAUGGCCAAUCUGCACAGUGUGGCCUCUGAGGCAGUUGUCCGGGGAUUUUUGAGGGGGCGGCGAUGUGAGACUAACGCAGACUGUACUUAUGGCCGGGACUGCACGGCCACCUGUGAUCGACUAGUGAAGCAGUGCAACACUGAGGUUGUACAGCCGAAUCUCGCAAAAGUGUGUGUGCUGUUGCAGGAUUUCCUGCUUUUUGGAGCACCCUCCGACCUCCGUGGGGAUCUGGAAAAGCAGCUACGCACCUGUGUGACACUCAGCGGUCUGGCUAGUCAGAUGGAGGUACAUCACUCACUAGUCCUUAACAACCUGAAGACAUUACUGUGGAAGAAAAUUUCAAACACUCAGUACUCUUGAAAACAAGUUGAGAUUAUCCAAGCUGUACUUCUACAGAAUGAGAGUUAUUACGUUAACACGAGUAGCUUUUGUUUACGAAAUUUUACCAACUGUUUUAAAGGGUGGUGGUUAUGAAUGUAUUUUCAGUCUUCAGUGACUGUGAAUAACAGGAAGCUGUGAACUAAUGAAUAUACAAUAUGAAACAGCAGAAGAAUCUGGCUGAUUCUAUUAAAACCUCAUACAAGCCCCA